UCGAAAAGCGACAAAAUGGCGGAUGACAGGAAAUGCAAUGCCCUGUUUGAAUGACUUGUUCGGCUUCCAGAGAAUUGGUACCAUUGUCAAGUUAAUUAUAAAAGGAGAACUUUGGUUCUUUCUCAGAAGAAACAAAUGUCAGGCCAUCGAUUUGAGAUCAUUGUCACUGUAGCAUAAUUCCUUAAAAUCUCUUCGUCAUUUCUAUUUCGAACUUCCCACCGUCCGGACGAAUGAAACCUUGCAAUGGCCAAAGGGAAGAUUUCGGCUUCUUCAAGAAAACCUGCGAUGUUUGGUAGGAAUAUCAGACAAAUCAGUCAAACCGAGAGACUGAAAGUUAUAGCACAGAAAGUGACAGUUGGGCUAAUCCCAUCUGAUCUGAUCACAGACAUUGACUGUGAGAUGUUUGCUUCUAAAACUGAAGGGCCAUCCAAUAAUGAGAGAUCUCAGUCACCUGAGGAAGACCUAAAUUGUCUUCACAUACAAAAUGAUGCAACAUCUCAGACAAUUACUAACAACCAGGACUACAAUGGAUCAGAAGAAAUUAGAACCAGUGAGAUUUUGCAAUUGCAAUCAAAUGGCUUCACCCCACUUGGCUUUUAUGGAUCAAGGAGCAAAAAUUUCACUCCAAAUAUGAAGUUAUUUGGUCUAAACAGUGAAAAAAACUUGUCGAAAGAAAAUGAAGACUUGCCAAUGAAUAACUUGUGUGGAGUCAAGAGAAAAUUGAAGAGUGAAAGAAGUUCAAAAAAAGGUAGUAAAAAGCGCAGAACUACUAGUGGUACUAAACAGCACAAAAAUAUGACCAAUAAAGACAAAUUGAACUCAGAUGUUAAUGACAAGGAUGUUCUUGUUGAUAUUGAUCAUAAGGAUAUUCGAAGCAAGAGCCAAAAAGAACCCUAUGAAUUGGUAAUGAAAACUGUUAAAGAAAUCAAAGGUAGCCAUGAAGGUGUUGUAACACCACCAUCAGAUUAUGAUUCAGAAGAAAGUGGAAUUGUUCCUAUUUGCAGGAAGCCAAAAUCAAAUAUAGAUGUAGCAAAAUCAGUUAUAAGUGAAGUUGAAUCUACUUGUUCGGAGACAAGUCUUUGCAGUGGACCUGGCACAGUCUUGGAUGGCUUUUGCUUACAGAAAAAUGGAAAUGAAUACUACUUCUCUAGUUCAAGCAAUGUAUCACCAGUACAAUUAACACCAUCUAGUGAGAGCACUGGCGAAGAAGAAGAAGGAAUUGCAAUAACACAUCACACAAUAAACUCUCACCAGACUUGUACUGAACAAAAUGAAAGGGUAGAGGUGACACUGUUGGAUUGCAAUGAAAAUGUAAGUGACUCGAGGUCAAGUGUUUCACUUUCAACAUCAUCUCCAGAUGCUGCUGAAAGUGUUUUUACACCACAAUUGUCAGGCAAGGAAGAUGAAUCCAGCUCAUCCAAAAGUUCUCCUGAGCAUCAAGCUUCCAUUAUGAGAUAUUUCAGAUCAUUACCAGGUCCAAAGUGCAAAACAAAGACAGUUGCAAAUGGGAUUCCUUCUUCAUCAACUGGACACUCAUCUGCAGAAAAUUCACUGGAGAGCAAAAACAGAAUCACUCUAGGAAAGAAAAAGUCUGGAAAAAAGCAAGAACAAAUGUAUUUGGACUUGGGCCAAAAAGACUUUGGACAUGUUACUUGCCCUACCUGUGGUAUGGUAUAUACCAGAGCCCAGCCUGAUGAUGAAGCUGCUCACAUUAGACAUCACAAGAGCUUUGUCAAUGGACUGAAAUUUACUGGCUGGAAGAAUGAGUGUGUAGUGAAAGAGUACCAUGAUGGCAGAGUAAUUAUGGUUGGCCCAGAUGACCCGCGCCUCCACCUCAAAAAGAUUGAAGAGGUCCGCAAAGUUGUUGACAGUGAGUUAGGCUUUGUAGCAGAUGUACCUUAUAGAAGAUCUGGAGCUAAGAUUUUUCUUUUCAUAACAAGAAAAAAAGUCAUUGGAUGUGCUGUUGCAAUUCAGAUUGAUCAGGGCUAUCCUGUGUUACCAUCACCUGGAGAAUCUUCUACCCCAGAAAAACAGAUUGCAGCCUGGUGUUGCAGUACCACCCCUCAGUCAGCACAGUGCGGUAUCAGCAGGAUAUGGGUUCACAGUCAGUACAGAAGGAAGAAAGUGGCCACGAGAUUAUUGGACUGUGUAAGAACAAACUUUAUUUAUGGCUGCAUUAUUCCUAGAGAGCUGGUAGCGUUUUCUGAUCCUACACCAGAUGGCAAGCGACUCGCUAACAGUUAUGCGGGGACUUCCCAGUUUCUUGUGUUCCGAUAGUUCAAGAAAGAUGUCCCUGAAUUCACGAUUUUCGCGAAUUUUUAAGACUUUAAUUCGCAUUGAACCAGUUUGCUCUCCUCUUUAAGGGUGUCAACAU